AUGUCCAAUAACGGUGCUCCGGACUCGUGGGAAAGUCAAGCUGAAGUUGUGGGUGAAAAAGGUGCAAAUGAUCCUAAUGAUAUGUCUCCAAAAAAAUUUUCCACAUUAAAUGUAAAUGCUGUGGAAUUCGUGCCUUCUUUUUGUACUAAGCCGUCUCAGGAUGAUUCACCAACAAAGUCACAAAAAUCAGAAAGUAGUCCUACGAGCUCUGAUGGAAGUCCGGUUCUGAAUGGGUGUGGAGAAGGUGACAAUGGUGACACAGUGGCUGCGUCAGCCUCACCCCGGGUAGAGGAGCCCCCUCCUGUGCCACCUGCUGCUGCCGCCGCACCUGUUCCUGAAGUUCCACCUGAUGACAGCUCACCAACUGCAGACAGUUGGGAGAAUGAAGCUGACAGUGCUCUCCUCACUGAAGAAAACAAUGAAGCAGAAGAAGAGGAUAUCGAACCACAGGUGGCAGAACCUGAGGAUGGCGAACUGGCAAAAAAGGUUCCCAAGAAAAAGCCGCCGCGAGUGGAGGAUACACGAAGCAAAAAGGAACACGUUAAUGUUGUAUUUAUUGGACAUGUAGAUGCUGGAAAAUCUACGAUUGGUGGUCAAAUAAUGUCCCUAACUGGUAUGGUGGACAAAAGAACACUAGAGAAAUACGAACGUGAAGCUAGAGAAAAGUCGAGAGAAUCAUGGUACUUGUCUUGGGCACUUGACACUAAUCAAGAAGAACGUGACAAGGGCAAAACAGUAGAAGUGGGCAGAGCUUACUUCGAAACUGACAGAAAGCACUUCACAAUCCUGGACGCACCAGGUCACAAGAGUUUCGUGCCUAAUAUGAUUGGUGGAGCUGCGCAAGCAGAUCUUGCUGUACUUGUCAUUUCCGCGAGGAAAGGUGAAUUUGAAACUGGUUUCGACCGAGGGGGCCAGACAAGAGAACACGCCAUGUUGGCGAAGACUGCCGGUGUCAAGCAUUUAGUAGCACUUGUUAACAAGAUGGACGAUCCAACUGUUAACUGGGAUGAAAAGAGAUACAAUGAGUGUCGAGACAAAAUCAUGCCAUAUCUAAAGAAGCUUGGCUUCAACCCAGCAAAAGACUUAUCAUUCUUGCCUGUUUCUGGGCAAACUGGUCAGGGUUUACUGGAAAAGGUCUCCGAGGAGGUCUGUUCAUGGUACCAGGGUCCAUCAUUCAUCCAGUUAAUUGAUGAAUUACCCUCCCUUAACCGAAAGAUGGAUGGUCCAUUUAUAAUGCCCGUUGUAGACAAGUACAAGGAUAUGGGUACAGUGCUGAUGGGCAAGGUUGAAGCUGGUACUACGCGUAAAGGGAGCACUUUAUUCCUAAUGCCAAACAGGGUUCAAGUCACAGUAGACCAGCUAUGGUCUGAUGACAUAGAAGUGACGUCGAUCGGUCCUGGCGAAAACGUCAAAGUAAAACUCAAAGGUAUAGAGGAAGAAGAUGUUUCACCAGGUUUUGUUCUUUGUGACACUGCUGAACCUAUUACUACGGGAAGAGUGUUUGAUGCUCAAGUAGUAAUCUUGGAACACAAGUCAAUCAUCUGUGCAGGAUACUCAGCCGUGAUGCACAUACAUUGCGCAGCCGAAGAAGUUACUGUCAAGGCGCUCAUUUGUCUAGUAGAUAAGAAGACCGGCGAGAAAUCGAAGACGCGGCCGCGUUUCGUAAAACAGGACCAAGUAGCUAUCAUGAGGAUAGAGUGUGCGGGGAUUAUUUGUCUAGAACCUUUCAAGAAAUUCGCCCAGAUGGGCAGGUUCACGUUACGAGACGAGAAUAAAACAAUUGCAAUCGGAAAAGUCCUCAAGGUGGUCGAGUAA